AUGGCGAAGUUGCCGACCGCUGCAGACUUCCCCGUGGAGCUCAGCCCAAUCCUUCAUGAGCCUUCUACUGGCAAACCAGUCAACAUCAUCCUGUUCCUUGCGGGACUGGGAGACUCGUCUGCUAACUUCUCGUCGUUUGCGCGCGCCCUGAACUUACCAGACACGAUAGCAGUGACUCUACAGGGUCCGUACCCGCUACCUUUUCCGUUUGGGCCGGGCAAUCAGUGGUCCGACGAUGUACAAGUCGACACAUUUACUGGCACAUUCGAUGCAGACUCUCCGCUCGGCAGAUCAACAGCACAGAUCACUGAAGCUGUCCAGAAGCUCAUCGCUGAUCAUGGCUUUGCUGCAUCACAGAUCCUUCUCUUCGGAAAUCGCCAGGGCGGCUCGGUGGCGCUAGCAGUGGCUCUCGCUUUGCAGAAGGUGUCACUGGGCGGAGUAGUCUCUGUCGGCGGCAGUCUCCCAUCAUCUGCGGCGCUAGCACCUUCGUUGAAGAACAAGACACCUCUGCUACUGCUUGGAGGCCGAAAAGGGACGCUUGCAAAGGAUGAUGGCAGCCCGGUGAAGCGCAUCAAGGCAGCGUUCGAAUUUGUGGAAAGUCACCAGUGGAAACGAGCUGAUGACGGCUUACCACGAAAUAGAGAAGAAGCACUACCGAUGAUGCAGUUCUUGGCUCGAAGGUUGAAGAGCCGACGAGGUGUGCCUGAGGAGGCUGUCGAGAUCUGA